GAGGGAAGCCACGCAGGAAGGGAGGGUGUGAGAAGAGUCAGGCGCCAGGCCUGAAGCUCCAUAAGACUCCCAGUCAAAGCAGCUGCCCGCUGGCUGCUUUCCUCGCUCAGAGGUCCUGGGAGUCUGGGUGCAUGGACUUUUGCUUUUUCUAAGAUCCAAUCAUCCGUAUUAUCUGUGUCUUUAUCCCUAAGAAGUGGAAACUCAGAGCUGUGUCCAUGGAGCCCUGCCGGUCCCUGGCCCUGCUUACCGGCUCCCUGGGCCUGGCUUCUUCUCUGAUUGCUCUGAGCACCGACUUCUGGAUAGUGGCCACAGGCCCCAAGUUCUCUUCCCACAGCGGCCUCUGGCCAAUGACACAUGAGAUCCAAGUAGCAGGUUAUAUCCAUGUGACACAGAGCUUCUGUAUCCUGGCCGCCCUGUGGAUCCUGAUGUCCGUGGUCUUCCUGAUGCUGUCUUACAGUCCAGCCCUGUCCAGCCCAGGCCGUGGCCCUCUGGUCUCAACGGUCAUGGCUUUUGCUGCAGCUCUCUCCAUAAUAGUGGCCAUGGCAGUGUACACCAGUAAUAGAUGGUACCAGACUCCAUCUCCCCAGGUCCAGACAUUCUUCUCCUGGUCCUUUUACCUGGGCUGGGUCUCCUUUGUCCUCUUCCUCUGUGCAGGCUGCCUGAGCCUGGGUGCUCACUGUAGAACCCACCAGGCUGGGUAUGAAACCUUGUGAACAGAAGCAAGACAGUGGGGUCAGCAGGAUGUUUGGAGCCUUGAUCUCUCAGGAGCUGCAGACAAAAUGCAGGAUUCUGUCUCUGUCCCUCCCACCUUGCCUUACCCUUCACACAUUCAAUAAAAACAUACUGAGAUCUAA